UUCUUUAACGGGCCCGCCCGUCAUGCGCUUCUUUGUUCGCUUUCGCACACGCCGUCUCGCUCCUCUCGCCGCGGCGUAGUCUACGAAAUCGACUUCUCGAGACAUUCUCUUCCCGCUCGCCUGCCGCAACCAGUUGUCGCGAACCGCUUACUUGUCCAACACUCUUCCUGUCGCAAUGUCUGCCUCACCCUCUCCAGAGGUUGCCACCUCGAGUGCAGUACAAAAUUUUGCCGUCGAGAUCGUAGACACGACUGCGCCGGAACAUGCCGAAGUCGACGGUGCGCCACCUGCCGACGAGCUUUCUUCAGACGCCGAUGAAGAGACACGGUUGAAGUUCCUUACAACUGGAACUAGGGACCAAGAUGAUUUGGAGCGUGACAUCGGUAGGCAGGCCGAGCAGCUGCUCACAGAGCAGGCGGAUGAGCGAGACAAGAAGCGCAUGGAGAAGGUCGAUACCGAGGCCAAACGAGCGCAGGUGGCGAUACAAAAACUGCGGAGUAGGCUGGCAAUGCCUCUGCUCCCGUCGCAGAAGACCAAGAUACGUGCAGAGAUUCAGGAGUUCCAAAAGAAGAUUGACGGGAUAGACGAAGAGCUCGAUGCGAUACAGAAGCGCAUAAACGACAGACACAAUGUGGAGGGCGACGAGGGGGCUGCUCUAGAUGGAGUCCAUGGCCCUCUGCCGAACGAGAGCCGGCGCGAGUUUCUGAUCCGGACCGGCAAGAUUACGCCGUUCUCCAAGAUCGCGCAGGAUAAGCAGGAGUCAGGUACGCUUGCUGAAGUGAUGCAGGUUGCAGAGGUAGACGACAUGGUUGAGGAGGCGAGCAAGGGGCCGAAAUCACACCAGAACCUCAUGAAACCCGGAUUCGACAUUGCGGAUACAACUUCGAAUGCAAGUACUCCUCCCGACACGCCGCGCCCGAGGAAGAAGCGACGCACAUUCCCGGCUUCGGGACCCGUCAGCUCACGGGAGGGUAGCAGCGCCCCAGAAACGCCUGGCGAUGAAUCCGACGAUGCAUUUGCACCGGGAAUGAGCGAUCGUCAGCUGGCGGCUCUUGGAGAGACCGACGAUGACAUAGAGGACCUGACGAACGAUGAUGAAUACUCAGAGGCUGAAAACGGACGAAAGCGCAAGGCGGCCCCUAAGAGGGCGAAGAAGCAGACCAAAACCAUACAAUUCGCGGAUGAGCAGGAUGACCUGGCUGGUGUUGAUGACGGUAACGAGAAGGUGUACCAAAAGCGAAUACGCGCGUGGUCCGAGAAACGUGCUGCGGCACGGAAGCAGGCCGCAGAACGGAGUGGUCAACUCUUUCAAGAAGAUGAGGACGAGGACGAGUGCUACAAGCCCCACCCGACUGAGGCUGAUACUGAGCUGGACGGUGAUUUCAAGAUUCCUGGCGACAUCUAUCCCGCGCUGUUCGACUACCAGAAGACGGGUGUACAAUGGUUGUGGGAGCUUUACUCGCAGAAUGUCGGCGGCAUUGUUGGCGAUGAAAUGGGUCUGGGUAAGACCAUCCAAGCUAUAUCUUUUGUCGCUGGUCUACAUUAUUCGAAGAAGCUCACCAAGCCGGUCAUUGUGGUUUGCCCGGCUACUGUGAUGAAGCAAUGGGUGAACGAGUUCCAUCGAUGGUGGCCGGCACUGCGCGUGUCCAUUCUCCAUUCGUCCGGAACCGGCAUGCUCAACACUCGCAGUGAAGAGGCGAUGGAGCGUGAGAUGGAGCUGCGAGCAUACGGUGACUAUGAUGACACCUUGACAGGUGCUGGCAAGGCCGCCAAGAAGAUCGUAGAGAAGGUCAGGCGUGAGGGACAUGUCUUGGUCACGACCUACACUGGACUUCAAACCUACGCAGAGUUUCUGGUACCCGUGGAUUGGGAAACAGCUAUCCUCGACGAGGGGCACAAGAUCCGAAAUCCUGACGCCAACGUUACAAUUCACUGCAAGGAACUGCGCACUUCGAGCCGCAUCAUCCUCUCAGGCACCCCGAUGCAGAACAAUCUCACUGAGCUGUGGUCGCUCUUCGACUUCGUAUUCCCUAUGCGCCUCGGUACUCUGGUCAACUUUCGCAAUCAGUUUGAGUUUCCUAUCAAGCGCGGCGGUUAUGCGAAUGCGUCGAACCUUGAGUUUGAGACCGCGAUGCAAUGUGCAGAGACAUUGAAGGAAGCCGUCAGCCCAUAUCUAUUGCAACGAUUCAAAGUUGAUGUGGCAGCAGAUCUUCCAAAGAAGAAAGAGCAGGUUCUGUUCUGCAAGUUGACUCGUCAGCAGCGAGAAGCAUAUGAGGGCUUCUUGAAUUCAGAUGAGAUGAAGUCCAUAGCCAACGGCAAACGACAAAUGCUCUUUGGCAUAGAUAUCCUGCGCAAAAUAUGCAAUCACCCCGAUCUCGUGGAUCACAAGAACUUGUCUAAAAAAGCUGCCUAUGACUACGGCGCCGGGAAUAAGUCAGGGAAGAUGCAGGUCGUGAAGGAGCUUCUAUCUCUGUGGGUCAAGGGCGGACACAAGACGCUCCUUUUCGCACAGCAUCGCAUAAUGCUUGACAUUCUCCAAAAGUACCUCGAUCGCAUACCAGAGAUCAAUUACCGACGGAUGGACGGAGAGACACCCAUCGCGAAGCGACAGGAUAUGGUGGACGAGUUCAACAACGACCCGAACCUGCACGUGUUCCUCCUCACCACGAAGGUUGGAGGCCUGGGCGUUAAUCUCACAGGAGCUAAUCGCGUGAUCAUCUACGACCCCGACUGGAACCCUUCCACAGACAUACAGGCCCGCGAGCGCUCGUGGCGCCUCGGCCAGAAGCGAGAGGUUGAGAUAUAUCGUCUCAUGUCUGCUGGUACUAUCGAGGAGAAGAUCUACCACCGUCAGAUCUUCAAACAAUUUCUUACCAACAAGGUUCUCAAAGACCCAAAGCAGCGCCAGACAUUCCAGAUGAGCGAUUUACACGAUCUCUUCACGCUCGGUAGUGACAAAGCUGAUGGUGAGACCGAGACUGGGAACAUGUUCCGUGGCUCAGAAGUACAAUUUGAUAAGAAUGGCAAAACAGCAAAUCAAACGACACAGCCCGCUUCCGAUGCGACUGGACAAGCCGAGCUUGCAGCAAUGGCAGGCGUCGCAGCAGCAGAGGCGUACCAGGCUCCACCCUCUGACUCUGAAGACACGACAAGAGAAGACGGUGAAGAAGCCAAGUCCGACUCGCGGCUCAUGUCGUCCAUCUUCUCAAAGUCAGGCGUCCAUUCCGUACUCGAGCACGACACAAUCAUGAGCACUACCGGCACCGGCCGCAAGCGCAAGGUCCAAGCCGACCCCGCCUUCGUCCAGCGUGAAGCCAAGCGUCAAGCCGCCGUCGCCGCAGAGCAAUUGAAAAAGAGCAUGGAGGAGGCCCGCAACACACCCAUCGGCGUGCCCACCUGGACAGGCACGCACGGCGAAGCCGGCCGUCCCCCACCACCUACCCGGGGCAACCUGCACAGCUCCCGUGGCGGCCGCGGCGGUGGACGAGGGGGCGCUGCGGGAGGCCCCUCGUCGUCAUCCGUACUGUCCAACCUCGCAGCCCGCCAGGGCCGCGCUCUCCCUAUCACGCCCGCCGGCACAAUGACGCCCGGCUCCUCGCGUGGAAACACGCCCCAGCCGACGUCCCUGCGCGGCCGCCAGAUGCUGGAGAAGAUCCGCGACUUCAUGCUCACGCAUGGCGGGGUCGUCCCGACAAAGAUGCUGGUGGACCAUUUUGAUCACUACUGUCGGGCAGUGCCGGGACGGAGCGAGGAGUUCAGAGAGAUGCUGCGGGUGAUUGCGACGAUGGAGAAGGGCGGCGGGAGUGGGAGGGGGAGGUGGAAGUUGAAGGAUGAGUGGAGAGAUACUGGCGCUGGCGUGGGCGCCGCUGCUGGGAGAAGAUAGACUCUUUUUCCUUUCUCUUUUCAUUCCAUUAGAGAUGCGAUUGCAUGCCGGAAGUGGGGACAUAUGGCGCAUCAUCAUGGACAUUUCACGGCGUUAAGGGAGGGAGAUACCACAGCAUCCUUGCCUAGAUUUUGUUGCUAGGGCAAGAUUGUGCGCACGCAUUCCGCGCGUUGACAGCAGAUUACCAC